AUGGAAAGCAAUUCAGAUAGCUUUUCCUCCUCAGAUCUCGAUCCUUUAAAUACGCAAGGAGGAGGUCAUGGACAAUUAUGUAAAAUUAAAAAUUUAGACCAUGGUAUUGAUUGCGUAGCUAAACCUCUUUUCGAGCACGAAAACAAUUUUUAUACAAUCAUGACAAAAACGCCACUUGCUGAUUGCUUGCCUCGGUUUUUCGGAAACACACAAAUUGACGGGCACGAAUACUUGCUGAUUGAAGAUCUUACAGCUGGUAUGACAAGUCCUUGUAUUGCCGACUUAAAAUUAGGAACUCGAUCGUUCGAAAUCGGCGUUUCAGAAAGUAAGGUGCGUAAGCAGAUGCAGAAUAUGUCAAAGAGUACCACACCAAAAUAUGCAGUCCGAAUUAUUGACGUUUCUAUGAGAAAAGAUGGAAACUUAGUUAACCACUGGGAUAGGAACUUCGGUAAGAAGGCUCCAAUACAGUCAUUCAUUGAUACAAUGAACAAAUUCAUUCCUGUUAAUCGCAAGCAAGAGUUUUUGGACAAGGUAGAAGAUGUCAUCACUAAGUUAACUCAAACCAAAGAAAUUUAUCCUGGUAGCAGGUUGUAUAGCGCAUCACUUUUGGUAGUUUAUGACGGAGAUCAAGAUUUACCAAUCAGAGUUGCGCUUAUUGACUUCGCCCAUGCUUAUUCUGAUAUCACCCAAUGCAGUGGCAAGAUGGAUAGUGAAGAAUUUGAAGAUAAUACAAUCUUAGGCCUCAGAAAUAUUAUUCAUCUUCUUACGGACCCCACAGAGCUUGAAAAACGUCAGAUAUAA